AUGAAUCUUCUUGGUGUGGGUAUCCUUGGAUUUUCAGUCUUUCUCUAUGCAGAAAGUCACAAUUACGUCAAUUUCGAGGACACUCAGGGUCUUUUUGAUACUCCCUUUUUCUUGGUGAUGAUUCUUGGGGCGAUUAUGACGCUUGUUGGAUUCCUGGGCUGUUGUGGAGCGAUCAGAGAAAGUACCUGUCUCCUUGGAACUUACAUUCUACUUUGUAUCACAAUGGCUGUUGCCUGUGGAGCGGCUGUUUGGUGGUCUAACGAAUAUAAGACCGACGUUGUCGAUAAAGUUCAAACGAGUUUACAAAAGUUAAUUCGAGAAAAUUAUAGAGGUGAUCUUUCAAGACCCGCAACGGAGGCCAUUAUUGACCGAGUACAAAGAGAUAUGCAAUGUUGUGGAGCCAAGAAUCUAACCGAUUGGUCCGUUUCUCGUUACAACCAAGGAAAUAGAACCAAACUUGAAGUUGGCCUGGGCAAUGAUCGAUCAGCUAUUAAUUUCUCAGUUCCCGCUUCCUGUUGUAAAAUCGGUGCACCUGAUUGUGAAACAGUUCGAAGAGGUAUCACUCUGUCCAAUUUGGAUCAGAAAAAGUUCAGCAUCAACAGUGAUGGUUGUCUACGUAAAUUGGAUGAUUUUGUCAUCCAAAAGUGGACACUACUCAUUCUCAUCGUCAAGAUCGGCUAUGGACAUAAACCCAACGCUCUAACCACAAACAAACAACAAGUUAACGAUAAACAACAACAACAACAACACAUUUAA